AUGCUCCAAAGGGCCACGGCAGACCUCGAUGAAGAAGGUGGGAUCUACAUCCCAUAUCGUACCCAUGGAAGCCUUUUCAACCUAAGGCGACUGAAGGCCCACACCAAGACCUUAAACCAUCUUGUCCGGGAGCUGCUUUACGCUGACGCCGCCGCCCUCGUGGCUCACACAGUGGCAGCUCUGCAGCGUUUAACAUCCUGCUGUGCUGAGGCUGCUGAGCUCUUUGGGCUGGGCGUCAGCUUGAAGAAGACACAAGUUCUCUAUCAGACCGAGGAGGGGGCCUUUGCCCACGUGGACGAUGACUGGAAAUGCGACACCCAUCCAGACCUUUCCCAAUGCGCAGAUGUUACCGCGUGGGAAGAAGACGUGACACCCCAAGAGCUCUACCCAUGGGAAGAAGAAGUGAGUCAACAACGUUCCCAAGGGGGAGCCAGAAGACACCGAGAGCUCUACGAAUUUGAAGGAGAUGGGAGAGUCCGAGAACUUUCCCAGUGGCGGGAUGGGAGACACCCAGAGCUGUACCAACGGGAAGAAACUGUGAGAUGCCAGGAGCUGUACGAAUGGGAAGAAGAUGGUGUGAGAUACCAGGAGCUGACCCGAUGGGAAGAACAUGCGACAGUGCAAGAGGUGUCCCAAAGGGAAGAAGAAGAGACCUAUCAAGAACUGUCCCAAUGGGGAGAUGUGGCAGUCCCAGAGCUGUCCCAGUGGGAAGGUGAGAGAUACCAUGACCUGCCUCAGUGGGAAGAAGAUGUGCAAGGGCAUGGACCGUCCCAAUGGAAAGACGAGAGAGACCCAGAGCUCUCCCAAGUGGGAGACAAGGCAGACAAGGAGCAAUCUCAAGAAGAAGACUACAGUGCCCAAGAGCUGCCCCAAAGGGAAGACAGGAGUGAGAAAAAGCUGUCCCAGUGGGGAGAUGAUGUCGGUUACAGCACCUGGGACAAACCCUGGUGCCCACUGAACGCUGGGGACCCCCAGAUUGUUCCCCAGGAGGGGUCCGGCUCUGCCAGCAGCGUGGGCACCGAGGUGCCAGCAGAGGCAGCCCGUGACCUGCCCAGUCCAGCUCCUGCCCCGGUGAGUGCCACGGACACCGAGCCAGCAGCUGCUGAGGAGGAGGAGCCCCAGGGGCCUCUGGCUCCUGUUGAGGAAGAGGCAGAAGUUUCUCCAGCCUUUGGAGAGCAGGUGCCAUGGGCAGGGACACAGAACCAGGUCCCUGCCCCACGCAGCCCCUCAGAGGGCAGCAAGGCCCUGCUGGACACAGACCAGUCCAUCACCCGUGAGAUCCUGAGCGAGCCUGAGCUUGGGAUCCAGGGAUCUCACCAGGAGCCAGAGGACGAGAGAAACCUGGAACAAACCAUGGAUACAGACACGGUAAAAACAGUUCCAGCAGAAAGGACAGAGAGCCCAGUCCCUGCCCCGCAGAGCCCCUGCUCCCCCAGCAGCCCCUCACCUUCCCAGGUGAAAGCCCAGGCCCUCAGCGAGCAGGAGGAGGGAGCAGGAGGGGACUCAGUCCUGGCAGUGCAAGACACUGAUGAGGGACCCUUCCCUGGGGAGGGCAUAGGCUGGAAAUACUAUGUUGACCAAGACAUUUCCCAGUGGGAAGAUGAGGGAGACCAAGAGUUGUCCCAAGAAACAUCAACAUAUACCAAGAAGUGUCCCAGGGGGAAGACUGCACUGAGCAGGAGCUGUCCCCUGGAGAAGUCAAGAGCUACCAGGAAUUGUCUGACUGGGAAGAACACAGCGAGGAAGAGGAACCCCAAGGAGAAGUGAAGAGCUACCAAGAAGUGUCUGACUGGGAAGAAAACAUCGAGCAGGAGCAGUCCCAAGGAGAAGAGAGUAGAGGCCAAGAAGUGUCUGACUGGGAAGAAUACGGCGAGGAAGAGCUGUCCCAUGGAGUGAAGAGCUACCAAGAAGUGUCCGACUGGGAAGACUACACACCCUCCUGGCUGUCCCGAUGGGAAGAUGACAGCGACAGAGAGCUGGCACUGGCGGACUGGGAACACAUGAGCGUCCCCAGCUUGGGGUCAAGCCCUUGCUCCCGG